AUGUUCUCUCAUCAAUCCCGUCACCUUUAUGAGAUCCUAAGCUUUCUUGCGCUGGCGCAAAUCUCUUUAGGAGCCGUCUUGAUGCCCCGAGACAACUCCCUGCCGAAAUUAUGUGAUGAUAAAGGAUUGACUGCAUCUAUAUAUCAUGAGCAUAAUAACGAAUGGGAUACAAGUUGGCUAGGAGCAACCUUAGGAGCUUUCGCCCGUGCCGAUCCAGAUACUUUGAAAAAAAUGUAUUCAGUCGAUGGUAAACCAGUUGAUAAAUGCGAUGCAAAGUAUGAUAAGGCCACUUUCAGAUUGACGAAGACCGAUGGUGGGAUAUUCGAAAAAGAAAUAGCAUAUAGUGAUUGCCCUGAUGAGACUGAUUGGGAAAAGGAUAACUGGCUCGUAUCGGGAUUCGAAGCUGCCGCUAUCCAGAUGGGAGGAUACCUAGGACUUAACGCCGAUUCAAUAACUUAUGGUGAUCCUACAGACGCAUAUUAUAUGAUAAGCGGUAAACGACCCGUUAUCGAUCAUUUCUCUGAAAAGAAUCCGAAUGAUGAUACCGAUAAGGAUAAGAUAACAGAAGCCGAGGAAGCGGAAAAGAAGAGAAUGUUCGAUCUGCUCAAGAAAUGCGGCGAAACGCCGAUUAUAGUUGGUACAGGUGCAGAUCCGGACGAUGACAAGGAUAGUGGUAAUCUACGAAAAUGGACUUGGUACACUAUCACCUCUGUCAUUGAAGACGAUGGGCAAAAUUAUAAAGAUUCUAAGAUCGUAUUCUGGCAUGCCCGGGCAGAGAUGGAAACGGAUGUCAAGUUUUCUUCGUUCUUCGACGAUAUAAGAAAAGUCGUUCAUUUCGAGUAA